AUGAAUAUUGGUGAAGAUAGUCCUGAUAGUUGGGACAAUCAAGCUGAAAAUGCUGAGGUUGAAGCAGGACAAAUGGGUGGUGGUGUCAUGAAUUCUGACUAUGAGAGUGAGAAGUUGCUUAGCCUUGAUGAAUCAUCAUCAAGCAGUAAGGGUGGUGAUGAUUCAAGUGAUGAUGACAUCCCUGUUGCUGAGGUUGACAAUUCUAUUAGGAGCAGCAAAUAUCCAAUCUUUAGGCCAGUAGCCAAAGCUGAGAACCUUAGGUUUGAAAAGGAUAUGUUGUUCAUCUUAGCUAAACAAUUUAAAGAUGCUAUAACUGAUUAUGCAGUCCAUGGUGGGUGGGGUAUAAAAUUUGUGAAAAAUGACUUGGUGAGAGUGAGAGCCCGAUGCCAGCCAGGGUGCAAUUUUGUUGCCUACCUUGCAAAGGUGCCAAGGGAGAAGAGUUUUAGAUUGAAAACACUGAACAUGGAACACACAUGCACCAGAAGCUAUAAAAAUCCAAGGUGCACAGCAUCAUACAUUGGGAAGAAGUUAGUGAAGAGGGUUAGGAGACAGCCUGGCAUAAAGCUUAAGGAUAUUCAGGAGGCUGUGCAUAAGAAGUAUGUGGUUGACAUAAGUGCAGGCAAGGCAAGUAGGGCUAGAGAGAGAGCUCAAGAUGCUGUUGAUGGGACCCACACUGCACAGUUCAACCAACUAUGGGAGUACUGUGAUGAGUUGAGAAGGUGCAGUCCUGGGAGCACAAUAUUGAUGAAGGUGCAUACUUAUGAGGAUGGUGAUUUGGCAGCUGAGCAUGGAUUGGCAACUGGGCUGCCAUAUUUUGAAAGAAUGUACAUCUGCCUUGAAGGUUGCAAGAAGGGCUUCUUGGCAGGGUGCAGGCCAAUCAUUGGUCUAGAUGCAUGCCAUCUGAAGACCAAGACAGGUGGUCAGCUGAUGUGUGCUGUUGGCAGAGAUCCCAAUGAUGAAUACUUCUCAUUCGCAUAUGCAGUAGUAGAGGCUGAAACAAAGGACAGUUGGACCUGGUUUCUUAAUUUAUUGCUUGCUGACAUAGGAGAUGACAAGCAAUGGGUGUUCAUAUCUGACCAGCAGAAGGGGUUGGUGAACACCUUUGUUGACAAUUGGCCACAGUACGAGCACAGGAUCUGCUGCAGACAUUUAUACCAAAAUUUGAGGAAAAAUCAUCCUGGUGUCAUUAUUAGAGACCUUUUUUGGAAAGCAGCCAAGGCUACCUAUCGGCAAGCAUUUGAGAGGGCAAUGAAUGAGCUAAAGGAGGUGGAUGAAGAUGCAUUCAAAUGGCUGCAAUCUCAGUCAACAACUAUCUGGGCUAGGCACAUGUUCAAAAGUGAUGGGCAGAGUGACACGGUCUUGAACAACAUGUGUGAAAGCUUCAACAGCGCGAUAGUUAAGUUCAGGAGCAAACCUAUAAUCACCAUGCUUGAGUGUAUUAGGCUAUAUCUAAUGACUAGAUUUCAAGCAAACAGAGAAAUGAUUAUGAAGGUGGAAUCUGAGUUGUGUCCUAAGAUAAGGAAGAGGCUGUACAAGGAGAAGUUGACAUGCAGCAAGUGGAUAGCAUGUUGGGCUGGUCGUAUGAAGUUUGAAGUGAAGAAUGGGCUUGAGAGUUUCAUUGUGGACUUGGAAGAGAAGAAAUGCAGCUGUAGGAAGUGGGACAUAGUUGGCAUACCAUGUUGCCAUGCCAUUUCUUGCAUAUUUUUCAACAGAGAAGAUGCUGAAAAGUAUGUCAAUGCUUGCUACAAAAGGACUACCUACAUUGAUUGCUAUGAACCCAUUAUAGAGCCCAUUAAUGGCCAGAAUAUAUGGGGUCCUAGUGGACUGCCACCUGUGCAACCCCCUAUCAAGAGGAGACCUCCUGGCAGGCCUAAGAAGAAGAGGGCACUGGAGCCUGAUGAACCUAGAAGUCACAGAAAAAAAAGAGGCCUAGGCAUCUCAAAACAAUGCAAGUUAUGUGGGAAAUUAGGACACAACAAGAGGAGCUGCAAGGGAGAAGUAGGAGGGAACUCCUCCUUGCCUGGGAGUGCAUCCCAAGUCAGUAGGACCACUACAAGGGCAGCCAAGGAUGCUCAGCCAACAGUACACAGGGUACAACCAAACUCUAAUGAUGAUGUGACCACUGAUAACCAAUCCAAUCGAAGACCAAAAAAACAGAGGAAGAGAAGUGCAGUCACUACUGAAACCUUGAAUGCAACUGGGAAUGCAGCAAGAUAUAUGGCAGCAAUGAGAUCUGCUAAAAGAUAG